CUUGAGGAUCGGCUCUCUUCUUUAGCUGCCACUUGCCGUUCUUUUAAUCUGAACACUUCAAGCUUUCCUUCCAACUCUUCAUCAAACCAACCAGAUUAUUUAUCAGAUUUAUCUUUGCAUCUUGUCGGAUUUAAGAGAAGAGCUUAUCGGAAGACGUUAUCGAGGUGCCACAUUUAUCUGAGUAUUUUGAGUUCAGCUAUUAUCAGGUGCCUUAAGAAAAUGAGGAGAACCCGUGGUCGUCCAGUUGGUAGCAACAAUGAGCAAGGAAACAAUCACGAGCAGGAUUUAGCAGGAUUAGUAGCGCAACUUCAGAGACAGUUGCAGGAGCAGCAACAAACCAUCGACCGUUUGACCGCGAACAAUCAAAGGGGCGGUGGUGAAGGGGGAAAUGCUGGAAAUAAUCAUGCUAGGGGACACUGAGCACCAAGACAAGAACCUCUGAUGAUCACAUGGAGGAAGAUCAAGCCCGCGGAUUUCGAGGGGGGUCCAUACCCUCUAGCUGCUCAGGGAUGGCUGAAGACCGUGGAAGGCAUUGCUAAUGGGUUGGAACUAACAGAUAAUGACAAGGUUCGAUGUGCAUCUUACAGCCUCACCAUGGAUGCUCGAAUAUGGUGGGAGACCGUGGAAACAAGGUACAACAUCGCGCAGAUGACAUGGGAGCAGUUCAAAGAGGAGUUCACCAACCAGUAUUUCAACGCUAGUGUCACUCGUAGGUACCGGGAUGAGCUUCAGAGUCUACGCCAGGGAACCAUGGAUGUUACAACCUUGGCGGCAAAAUUUCAGAGACUGCUACGUAUUUGUCCUACAGCUGCCCCGACGGAAAGAGAUAAGGUGAGGAUGUUCCCGGCAGCUCUUAGGAAGGAUAUAGCAGUUCACUUGGAGAAUGGCAAUCAGACUCCAUCUACACUAGCUGACUGUGUUUUUAUAGCAACUCAAAAGGAGUACUACAUCUCUAGCGGUCCAGUACCCGCUCAGCCGCAGCCUGUGCCUUCGCAGUCAAAGAAUCAGUCACAACGACACAUGAACAAUUCGAAGAGUAACAAGAAGAGAAACUUCACGGGCAAUGAUGGAAAAGGAGCUGGUCGUCAUCAGGGACACCAAAAUAAACAGAUGAAAUUUCCACAGUGUGCAUAUUGUGGCCGUAAUCAUCCAGGCCAAUGCAGAUUGGGUUCUAGAGCCUGCUACACUUGCGGCCUUGAAGGCCAUAUGUCGAGAGAUUGUCCAAGAAAGAAUCAACAAAACUACCAGAUCACUCACAUGCCAAGAAAUCCAACACCUUCAGCGGCUGUCCAUAAUAUGCAGGCUUAUCUAGAAGGACCAUCCAUCCAGCAAGGGCGUCUUGAGGCACCACCAGAGGCUCCGGUUGCUAGAGUGUUCACAAUCUCGAAAGAGGAGGCAUCGAUAAAUCCCGGUGUUGUCACAGGUCAGAUACUUGUUCUUAAUAGAUACGCUAAUGUGCUAUUUGACACUGGAGCCACACAUUCCUUUGUAUCUCUUGAGUUUGCUAGAUCGUUAGCAGCACAUCAAGAUAAGUUAGAUUGUAAGUUCACCACAGCACUUCCGUCAGGAGAGAUCAUGUUGUCGACUCAUUGGUUACGAGCAGUGCCAAUGAGUAUUGCAGGGAGAGAGUUAUUUGUGGAUCUAAUCGUGCUUGAUAUGAGAGAUUAUGACGUGAUUCUCGGCAUGGAUUUUCUGCAGAAGUAUAGUGCUUCAAUUAUAUGCCGAAAAAGAAUUGUUAGUUUUGCGCCUGCAGGGUCUAAUCCUUUCUUGUUUCUUGGGGAGCCAAAAGGAUCAGGGAAAGUGAUGAUUUCUGCAUUGCAAGCAAGGAGACUUAUUCGGAGUGGAUGUGAAGCUUUCUUAGCUCACAUUGUAGACAAGAGCAUUGGAGAACCCAUUCAGUUAUCUGAAGUUCCAAUUGUGGAGGAUUACAGUGAUGUUUUUCCCGAAGAUCUUCCUGGACUACCACCGAGUAGAGAGAUUGAGUUCGAGAUUGAGCUGCUGCCCGGUACUGCACCAAUAUCUAGAGCACCAUAUCGAAUGGCCCCAGUGGAGUUACAAGAACUCCACAAACAGUUGCAGGAGUUGCUAGAGAAGGGUUUCAUUCGGCCCAGUUACUCACCGUGGGGAGCUCCAGUAUUGUUCGUGAAAAAGAAGGAUGGCACAAUGAGGUUGUGCAUAGAUUAUAGAGAGCUCAAUAAAGUGACUAUCAAGAAUAGGUAUCCCCUGCCUAGAAUUGAUGACCUGUUUGACCAGUUGAAGGGAGCGGUGAUUUUCUCCAAGAUCGACCUUCGUUCAGGGUAUCAUCAGCUAAGAAUCAAGGAAGGUGACAUCCCAAAAACAGCUUUCAGGUCGCGGUAUGGACACUAUGAAUGUGUGGUUAUGCCUUUCGGCCUGACUAAUGCUCCAGCGGCGUUCAUGGAUUUGAUGAAUAGAGUGUUCAGGGAGUUUCUUGACAAGUUUGUCAUUGUUUUCAUUGAUGAUAUUUUGAUCUACUCAGAGUCCAAGGAGGAGCAUGAAAAACACUUGAGAGAAGUACUGGAGACACUGAGAAAACUUAAGCUAUAUGCUAAGUUUUCAAAGUGUGAGUUCUGGCUUGAUCAUGUAGCAUUCCUUGGCCACGUAGUUUCAAAGCAGGGAGUUUCGGUAGAUCCCUCAAAGGUAGCAGCUGUCCGAGAUUGGAGCAGGCCGAAGAAUGCGAAAGAAGUUCAAAGUUUCUUAGGCCUUGCGGGGUAUUAUAGGAAGUUUGUGGAAGGCUUCUCUGCUAUAGCUCUUCCAUUGACUACCUUGACUCGUAAGGGUAAGAAAUUUGAGUGGACUGAUCGUUGUGAGAAGAGUUUCCAAGAGCUGAAAGAUAGGUUGACAUCUGCACCCAUUUUAGCACUCCCAGAAGGCAAGGAAGGGUUUGUUAUCUACACAGACGCAUCGAAGAUGGGACUUGGAGCAGUUCUUAUGCAUAAUGAACGAGUUAUUGCUUAUGCGUCUCGGCAACUCAAAGACUAUGAAGCGAAUUAUCCUACCCAUGACUUGGAGUUGGCAGCAGUGAUACAUGCGUUGAAGAUUUGGAGACAUUACUUGUAUGGAGUCCAGUGCAAGAUCUUCACUUAUCACAAAAGUCUGAAAUACAUAUUCACACAGAAGGACCUCAACAUGAGGCAAAGAAGGUGGCUUGAGCUAGUGAAAGACUAUGAUUGUGAGAUCCUUUAUCAUCCGGGGAAAGCCAACAAGGUAGCAGAUGCACUUAGUAGGAAGUCUUCUGCAACAGUAAUGUCCAUGAUGGUAAUGGAUCCAAGGCUGAGGAAGGAAAUUGAAGAUUUUGAGUUGGAGAUUGUAGGUGGGCGACUAGCAACUAUGACAGUGACUCCAUCAAUAUUUGAGGACAUGGCUAUGAAGCAAGAACUUGAUCCCGAGUUAGUUAAGUUGAAGGAGUGCGUCAAGGAGGGAAAAUGUCCUGAGUUUCGUUUGGAUGAGAAUGGGAGAUUAUUACUCCAAAACAGGUUGUGCAUCCCGGACAUCGAGGGGUUGAGGAAGCAGAUUAUGAAGGAGGCUCAUGAGACACCAUUCACUAUGCAUCCUGGUUCGACCAAGAUGUACCACGACUUGAAGGAAAGCUUUUGGUGGUCAGGGAUGAAGAAAGAUGUUGCAAAGUUCGUUCAAGCAUGUUUGACGUGUCAACAAGUUAAGGCUGAACAUCAAAGACCAGGUGGAGAACUUCAGCCUAUCCAGAUUCCAGAGUGGAAAUGGGAUGAGAUAUCAAUGGAUUUUAUUAUGGGUUUGCCGAAGACAACUGGAGGUUAUGACGCUAUAUGGGUUAUAGUGGACAGAUUGACUAAAUCUGCUCAUUUUAUCCCAAUUUCAGCAAGUAUUUCUUUGGAGAAGUUGGCAAAAAUAUAUAUACAGGAGAUUGUUAGAUUGCAUGGUGUUCCGAAGAGUAUUAUUUCAGACAGAGAUUCCAGAUUUACGUCUCACUUUUGGAAGUGUGUACAACAAUCAUUGGGCACGAAAUUGAAGUUUAGUACUGCUUUUCAUCCUCAGACAGAUGGCCAGACGGAGAGGACAAAUCAGAUUUUAGAGGAUAUGUUACGGGCAUGCGCUCUUGAUUUUCAAGGAGGAUGGCCUAAAUACCUUAGUUUGGCAGAAUUUGCUUAUAAUAAUAGUUAUCAAGCAACCAUCUGCAUGGCUCCAUAUGAGGUGUUGUAUGGGAGAAGGUGUAGAUCUCCCAUAUCAUGGUAUGAAACAUGAGAAAAGAAGGUUCUAGAAGAGGAGUUACAAGGAAGGACUGAGUUGAUUGAUGAGACCUCUGAAGCUAUUAAGACUAUCAGACAAAGGAUAGAAUCUGCCCAGUGCAGACAGAAAAGUUAUGCAGAUGUUCGAAGGAGACCUCUAGAAUUCGAAGUGGGCGAUUUUGUUUUUGUCAAGAUAGCCCCGAUGAAGGGCGUGAUGCGAUUUGGGAAGAAAGGAAAGCUUAGCCCUAGAUUCACCGGACCAUAUGAGAUCACUAGACGAGUUGGGAAGGUAGCUUAUGAGCUCGCGCUACCUGAGGAGUUUUCUGGCAUUCAUAAUGUCUUCCAUGUUUCGAUGUUGAGAAAAUACUUUGCUGAUCCGGAACAUGUUUUGAUACCCCCCAUAAUAGAAGUGCAAAAUGAUUUAUCUUACGAGGAGAAACCAGUACAAAUUCUUGAUUGUGAGGUUAGACGUCUUCGGAACAAAGAGAUAGCUCUAGUAAAAGUACUGUGGCGAAAUCAGAAAGUUGAACAAGCUACUUGGGAGGUCGAGGAUGACAUGAGACGUCGUUAUCCGGAGUUGUUCUAAGUUUCGAGGACGAAACUUUUAUAAGGUGGGAGGGAUUGUAACACCCCGAUUUUUUUUAAUGAGCUAACUAUUUUAAUAAUUAGUUAUUAUUUAUUUUAGUCAAUUAAAUAAGUUUCUUCUAUGAUUAAUGUGAUAUAUUGUUUAACAUAUUUUAUUUGUACAGAUAACGUCGUCCGGAAAGCUCAUAUAAUUUUAAGUGAGGAAAUAAUUAAUAUUUCAUAUUAUUAGUAUAUUACUAAAAUGGAGAACAUAAUAAUUUGAAGUUUAAAAAAAAAAUGUUUUAAUGUUUUAUCAGAUUUACUGAAAGGGAAAAUGUUUUUGAAACAAUUAUUUUAAAGAUAAUUAGAGGCCCGAAGUUGUUAACUUGGCCCAGAUAAAUGUGUUUAAAGCUGAAAUCCCUAGAAAGGCAAAAUAGAAUAUUUAACCAUCCGUAAAGCUUGAGGAUCGGCUCUCUUCUUUAGCUGCCACUUGCCGUUCUUUUAAUCUGAACACUUCAAGCUUUCCUUCCAACUCUUCAUCAAACCAACCAGAUUAUUUAUCAGAUUUAUCUUUGCAUCUUGUCGGAUUUAAGAGAAGAGCUUAUCGGAAGACGUUAUCGAGGUGCCACAUUUAUCUGAGUAUUUUGAGUUCAGCUAUUAUCAGAUACUAAGGGUAAGGCCAAGGCCUAGGAAGAUGAUGAGGGAGUGGAACGCGUGCCAAGAUGAGUUAACGGGAACGACCUUGGCGGCUUCUAGCUAGUUUUUAUUUUACUCCAGUAUUUCAGUUGUUAGAAUAAAAGAUUAUUAUUACUUUACAAUCUAAUGGCAAACUUGUUUCUUCAAAAGUUUAUAACUUGCUUAGAGUUAAGGCAUCCACCCGUUGGUGGAUGUCCUUUAUUUGGAAAAAUUACAUCCCCCCAAGUUUUCCUUCACAACUUGAUUGGCAUUCCGAAAUAGGUUGGCUACAAAUGAUAAUCUCCUUCAAUUAGAUGUAGUUAACAUUUGUGCCUUGUGUAAGGCUGGGCUGGAAACUGUCCCACACCUAUAUUUUGAAUGCCCUUUUGCAGGUAAAGUUUGGAGAUUGGUCAAAGAUUGGUUGAAAAUUCCAAGGCAUAUGGGCGCUUUGACGAGUUCGGUCAAGUGGAUAAACAAGGAGAGGAGUGGAGCUACCAUCCAAGCAAAGACAGCUAGGAUUGCUUUCUGCUUCUCAGUUUACUGAAUCUGGAGGGUCAGAAACGUUGCAAGAUUUGAUGGAAUACUACCAAAGGAAGAAGAAGUUUUUGCACGGAUAAAGUACAUUGUGUACAAAGUUUUGUAUAGUAUUUACCCACAAGACUUGGUGGUGUUUUGAUAAACUUUCUGCCGUUUGCAUGUCUUUUUGGCCGAGAAUUAGCUUGAGUAGCUAAAUUAGGCUUGGUUACUAUAGUGGCAGCCAUAUUUUUGGAGGUGAUGGGUUAUCCAAUCUUUGGAUAACCUGCAAUUUUGCUCACCCUUUUUGAUGUACAUAUAAACUCUUUGGAUGGUCCUCAAUAUAUACUUACUGUUCAUCG